AUUGGACCCAGUGAUAACACUGCGAUAAUGAAUGGAUUAUUUAUAUAUUGAAAACCUUGGCGGUAUUCUAUAUUUUCUCAAAAAUACCUCUUCGCUUCUCACCUACAUACCACCAAAUUGAUCGACGAAUUAACUACAAUCUAGAACUAGUCGUACCACCCUAAUUAUCCCUUAUCACAGCACAACCAGCGUGAAAUACAUCAUGGCGGACAUCAAGAAGAUUGGCAUGCUCGGCGUGGGAAGCAUGGGAGCCAUGAUGUCGCUCCUAUUUGCCGAACAUGGCUACGAAGUUCAUUUCUUUGAUCCGAGCGAAAAGAACAUGGACCAACUGGACCAACAAAAACAUGAUAUCCGGCUAGACGAGAAGGUGCGCAGGGAAAAGAGUUACGAGGAUGUGUGCAAAGCAAUUCAGGAUAAAGACCAGCCAAAGCUCUUUGUAUUCAGCACGCCGCACGGCAAACCCGCAGACCAGUGCGUCGAGGGAAUCCUGCCCUAUCUCAACAAAGGCGAUCUGAUCGUCGAUUGUGGAAAUGAGCACUGGACAAACACGGAGCGUCGGCAGAAGAUGCUCGAUCCCAAGGGCAUCCAUUACGUGGGAUGCGGAGUCUCCGGUGGUUACCAGAGCGCUCGUCACGGCCCCUCCAUGUCCCCUGGAGGUAGCCCUGAGGCGCUUAAACAGGCCAUGCCGUUCCUGAAGAAGGUGGCUGCCAAGGAUGCAAAGGGUGUGUCGUGUACGAAUCCUGUCGGCCCCGGAGGAGCUGGCCAUUACGUCAAAAUGGUGCACAAUGGUAUCGAGCAAGGAAUGAUGUCUGCGAUUGCGGAAGUCUGGCUCAUGCUCACGAAGAGCUUGGGAUUCAAGGAUGAUGAGGUCGCAGAUCUUUUCAAAUCGUGGAACGAAUCCGGCCCCCUGCAAAAUUGCUUCUUGGUGGCGAUUGGAGUUGAUAUCGAGAAAGCAAAGGAGAACGGAAAGCAUGUGCUCUCAGAAGUUCGCGACAAAGUCACACAGGAUGUCACCGAGGAGGAAGGAACAGGUACCUGGACUUGCGAGCAGGCGGUUGAGCUGCACGUUCCUGCUGCUUCAAUCUUGAGUGCUCACCUCUUCCGAUGUGCAUCCGCAGACCUGGCCAAGCGAAUUAAGAACAAGAAGUCCGCAUCAGGGGGCUUUGAAGCUCAGCCAUGGUCCGGUGUAGACAAGAAGGAGUUCGCGGAACUCCUGCACCAGACGACAUACUUCUGUUUCCUGGCCUGUUUCAACCAGGGAAUGGAUGUCAUUAGGAAGAAGGACAAGAAGGAGGGAUGGAACUUGGACUACCGAAAGAUCAUGCAGCUGUGGCGCGGUGGUUGUAUUAUUCAGGCAGAUCACAUCACCAAUCUCCUUGACGGCAUGUACGCGCGCGAAGAUCACGAUCCUGAUGACAUUUUUGGAAACCCCGAGAUUGGUCAUGAGCUUAGCACGCUGUACCCUGCCGUUAAGAAGAUUGUGCUGAAGGCCAUCGAGACCGACACGUUUGUGCCGUCUAUCAGUCAGGCGCUGGAGUACUUCAAGUACCAGACAUCGACAGAACUGCCAACACAGUUCAUGGAGGCACAGCUGGAUUACUUUGGCCAACACAUGUACGACAAGAAGAGCGAUCCUGUCGGCGGGCCAGAAAAGGGCAAGCAUCACUAUGAGUGGAACCCGGCGAAGGGUAUUAGCGGCAAAUAGAUUACGUAACCAAUAUAAUAUUAAUCAAUCUCCA